CACCCUCCUUUCCGGUGACCCUGAGAGUAUAAAGUGGGGCUGGGCUCUGCCCCUGUAUCACAUCCAAGGCCAACAUGAAGACCGGCACCAUCUUUGUCCUGGUGGCUUUCAUCGUCAUGGGGCUGCAGGUGGCCUGUGCUCAGAGACCUCCUUCCAUAGGACGACCGAGACCUGGACGAUGCCCAAAUCUGUUGCUGGCUGUCAGCGGGCGUUGUUCAAACCAGUGCACACGAGAUUAUAUGUGUCCCAGGCCAAAGAAAUGCUGCUUAUUCGGGGGCAAAUGUCUUACCUGCCAAAAUCCUGUCUUCUGGAAGGGUGACCCUGGUGACCAUGUGAAAGCUGGACCUGUCGCUGAGUGAGCGUGCCUGGAGACCAGCCCCCAAAGAUUGCUCAUGAACCCAUGAAUUCGAUGCUGAGCAUAACAACAAGACCUGCACAUCCACUCCUGCCUGCUUCCUGUCCCUGGAAUUGGAGCCCUCGAAGAUGGAGCUCUCAAAUGGUCGAAUGAUGGCUUUCUAAAGGGCUUGUGCCCAAAAUAAACUCUAUCUGUGGCAUUCUU